UUUCGCCAUGCCUAGUCUAGUGGUAUCUGGAAUAAUGGAAAGAAAUGGGGGCUUUGGAGAACUAGGAUGUUUCGGGGGAAGCGCUAAGGACCGAGGGCUGCUGGAAGACGAGCGCGCCCUUCAGCUGGCUCUUGAUCAACUCUGCCUCCUGGGUUUGGGGGAGCCCCCCGCCCCCACGGCGGGCGAGGACGGGGGAGGUGGGGGGGGCGGCGCCCCCGCGCAGCCGGCCGCCCCCCCGCAGCCGGCCCCGCCGCCGCCGCCCGCGGCGGCCCCGGCCGCCCCGAGCGCGGCCCCCGCGGCGCAGACGCCCCAGCCCCCCACCGCCCCCAAAGGGGCGAACGACGCCAAGCUCUGCGCGCUCUACAAAGAGGCCGAGCUGCGCCUGAAGGGCAGCAGCAACACCACGGAGUGCGUUCCCGUGCCCACCUCCGAGCACGUGGCCGAGAUCGUGGGCAGGCAAGGCUGCAAGAUUAAGGCUCUGAGAGCCAAGACCAACACCUACAUCAAGACUCCUGUGCGAGGUGAGGAGCCGGUGUUCAUGGUAACUGGAAGGCGGGAAGACGUGGCCACAGCCCGGCGGGAAAUCAUCUCAGCCGCUGAGCACUUCUCCAUGAUAAGAGCCUCACGAAACAAGUCUGGCGCCGCCUUUGGCGUGGCCCCUGCUCUGCCGGGCCAGGUGACCAUCCGUGUACGAGUGCCCUACCGUGUGGUGGGACUGGUGGUGGGCCCCAAGGGAGCGACCAUCAAACGCAUCCAGCAGCAGACCAACACAUACAUCAUCACCCCCAGCCGGGACCGCGACCCGGUGUUCGAGAUCACCGGCGCCCCGGGCAACGUGGAACGUGCGCGGGAGGAGAUCGAGACGCACAUCGCCGUGCGCACCGGCAAGAUCCUCGAGUACAACAGCGACAGCGACUUCCUGGCUGGCAGCCCCGACGCAGCGCUGGACAGCCGCUACUCCGAUGCCUGGCGGGUGCAUGCUCCCGGCUGCAAGCCGCUGUCCACCUUCCGGCAGAACAGCCUGGGCUGCAUCGGCGAGUGCGGCGUGGACUCGGCCUUCGAGGCCCCGCGCCUAGGCGAUCAGGGCGGGGACUUCGGCUACGGCGGGUAUCUGUUUCCGGGCUACGGCGUGGGCAAGCAGGACGUGUACUACGGCGUGGCGGAGACUAGCCCCCCGCUGUGGGCGGGCCAGGAGAAUGCCACGCCCACCUCGGUGCUCUUUUCUGCCUCCUCCUCCUCCUCUUCUUCAGCCAAGGCUCGCGCGGGCCCGCCUGGCGCACACCGCUCUCCAGCCACCUCUGCGGGGCCGGAGCAGCUGGCUGGGCUCCCUCGGCGGCCGCCUGGAGAGCCACUGCAGGGCUUCUCUAAACUGGGGGCGGGAGGGCUGCGGAGCCCAGGCGGCGGGCGGGACUGCAUGGUGUGCUUUGAGAGCGAAGUGACAGCCGCCCUGGUGCCCUGUGGACACAACCUUUUCUGCAUGGAGUGUGCAGUACGCAUCUGCGAGAGGACGGACCCAGAGUGUCCUGUCUGCCACAUCACCGCCACGCAAGCCAUCCGAAUAUUUUCCUAAGCUCCCUGUCCCUGGUCUCCUGGUGCCACCCUGGACCUGAAGGGCCUUUUGGAAAAUCAGUGACUAUAGGGCAAGGUGCUUAGAAAUAUUCGCUCGCUGGGGUGGGGAGGGAGGCAAGAGUGGCUGGGGCAGGGGCAGCCACUUUUAGAACCUCUGGUUACCCUUUGGGAAGGGGCCAGACCGUACGUUUUACUAGAGUUACAACUCUGAUACCUCAACACACCCUUAAAUCUGGAAGCAGCUAAGAGAAGCUUUUGUUUAGCCUGAAGUGGCCACCAGGACAUCCUGACCUUUCCCUUCUCCCCAUCCGUGUGUCAUUUUGCCCCUUCCUCUGCGGAGGGGUAAGAGAACACAGGAGGGGGAGAAUUGCCAGCCUGUAACUAGAGGUGGUCUUAGUGAUCCCCCGCUCCUCUGGUCCUGACCUCCCACCUCCUAACGACCCUUUACCCCCCCUCCCCACUCAUACCCUGAGUUCCCAACAGUGUAAGGGAGAAGGGGGCCUAUCAAAGAUCUGGGCAGAUAUUCUGGGGUAGAGGAGGGUGUCAAUCAAUAAAGGGCUCACAACUCAUCUGUCUUACAAAGCUGGGCUGGAGAGAUCUGGAAAGAGGGGCUUCUCUUUCCCUCCAACUUUCUGCUUGGCUUUUCCCCGACUUUUAUUCUGGCUUUGCCCUUCGCUUUUUUCUGUUUCUUCAGUCCCACUUCCCUGGCUGUCGCUUUCAGUGUCUCUUGCUCCUCUCUGUCUGUCUUCCCUUCCCCCUUCCUGCCCCUUCUAGCCCAGCUUUGGGGAUACCAUCCUGGGGAGAAGUCUGGAGAACAUUUUGAUAGUACCCCCCCCCCCCCCCGUUCCUCUUCAUGUACUAGACAGCCCUGUCCCCCCACUCCUCCAAAGAAUCCGUUCCAGUUCUCGAUGGAAUGUAGCCCUAGACUCAGUGACAGUUGGAGAGGGGAAGCUAAUAAUGGGGGUACAUAAAGGGUUGGAACCCCACCUUUACCAUCUAUGGGCAUUAUACUUAGGGAAUACUACUUCUGGAUCUUCUGGCCAAAGGAAGGGAAAAUGGGAGGCAGAAAAAGUCCUGGGGCAGGAGAAACGUGGCUGGAAGGGCUCCCCUCCCCCUCACCUGCAGUGGCCUACCCCCCUGACCUCUCUGCACCUAGCUGAACCAUUAUUGAAUCCUUAUUAGCCACAAAUCAUGAAGUCUCUGUCUUACCCGCUGGCUGAGGAGAGAGGCCAGAUCUUUGGUGAGGGGUCAAGCCAGGGCAAAGCAGGAUUGGGGUGCAGCAGGGCCUGUUACGAGAGUCAGGUAUUGUGAUGGGCCUGGCGCCACUUUGCUGUUCCCAUUGCUCACUUGUGUGUGUCAACAGCCUCCUACCCUCCUGGUUCCGCUGGCCGGGCCAAGAGAGGAUGGGUGAUGGGGAGGCCCAGGAGGCCCAGGAAAUGCUUGUAUAUAGUCGGGUGGGACUACUCUGAGCUCUUCCAGCUCAGAAUCCCAUUCUUCCUGGAUGGAGAAAGGAUGUGGGAUGAAGGCACAGAGAGGGGUUCCGUCUCUCCUUUGCCUGUUGUGAGUUAACUUGCCUCUCCUCAGCCUUCCCCUCCAGACCACCAGCCUGGGAGGGGAGAGGAAGGAGGUCACAGCCCAGAAAACUGGCCUGUGGCAGCUUCCCUCCUUUCCACCAAUGUGAGCCAUCUUGAGAUGUCUGUACAAUAGUAACCAAACCAAAUGGGCACCCUGGGUUGCCCAGGGGCAGGGGAUGGGAGGGGGUGGGAAGAAGGGAUGUCUGUCUGUCAGUCCCCCUCCCCCUCUCCACUCCUUACCCACAAAGGCAAAAGACUGUUAACACUAGGGGCUCCCAGAUCCAGUCCCACCCUUGCUGAGUGAGCCUUCCCUAGAAACAAGCGCCAAACGCAAACGUGAGCGACAAAGCAGAAACCGAGGGAGUGAGAUGGACGACCAACAGGAGAGGAAACAAAAAUAGCAAAAAAGAAAAAAAAGCAGUUCUUUAUAAUUUAAUAUUCUAUUUUAAUAAAGGCAUUUAUUACCGUAUAAAUGUAGCAAAGAACCUGGGCUAAUAUGAAAAAAAGACUUUUUAUUAGGUAAUUUAUUAUAUGAAAAGGAUAUUUUAUUUUAUGAUAAAGUGAUCCUUAAAAAAAAAAACUUUAGAAGGUUUAGAAUAUAUGUAGGGAGAGAAGAAAAAAUACAUUUGUAUUCAGAGUUAAAUCUUAAAAAAGUUUUUAAUAUAUGUUCGGGUUUAUGUUCUUUUUUUUUCCCCCCACCUUUUUUUGGGGAGAAAUGUCAUUUGCUUUUCUUGGGGGAGCAUCCUGGGAUGGAUGGUGGAGAGGGGAUGGGGGAGUCGGUCCCUUCUGGGGCCCCCACCAGUAGAUUGGAUUUCAUUCCGUGGGCUCCCCUCCUCCUCCCCCUCAGGGGAGCUGGCGGAGCCAAACAAAGGAAGGGAUUAACCAGAAAGGAAGAGGCUUUGGGACUAAGGACUGAGGGUCCUGGGGUGUCCCCUCCUUCCCCUACCCUGUGCCAGGGGCAAGUAAGGAGGGGACAACCAGAACGGAGGCCUCGCAGGCCUGUGGAAACCCUCAGAGGCGUGAGAUUUAAGAGAAAUAGAUUUUUUUUUUUAACCAAAAAGAAAAGAAAAAAAAAUGAGAAAGAAAAACCGAGGGGUUUAAAAGAAGAGAAUACUACAAAAUAAUUCAAAUUUAUUUCAUAUAAUCCUAGAGAAAGAAAAAAGAAUUACUAGUUACUUAGUAGAUGAUACUCAGAUAGCUUAAAGUUUAGUAGCAUUGUGGGCCCCGCGCCCAGUAGAAUGUAUAAAAGUAUGGAAAAAAGAAUAGAGGCCAGCGGCUGAGCUGCCCUACCCCUGGGGACAGGGUCGGAGCGGGCUGCUCGCAAAGAUUGGGAGCUUCCAGUCUGCUGGGGUUGAUUCUGAGAAUCCUUAGGUUUGUAAGUGUGGGACAAGUACAUGAGGGGCUCUGUCCCAGGGUCUUUGCCAGGGUACACACUGGUCAUCUGAAGCCAGGUGCGACUGGGCGGAGAGCCUGGCUAUCUGGUGAGAAGCCCCUACUCCUCAUGCCCACCCCCCACCCAAGGCAGCUUCUCCCAGGCCACACUGAGGAAGUCCUUGCAGUCACCUCAGUCCAUCUUGCUACAGGUUGGUUCCCAGCGUGAGGUGGAUAGCGACUCAACCAUGAGCGUGCACGUGCGUGUCAGCUCGGAUUUUCCACAGCCCGAGCAGCGCAGAGCAGCGCAGUGGUGGGGGCGGCAAUGCAAUCUAGUGCUCUUUUCCUUCACAUGUGUAGUGGGGCUUUGUUUGUUUUUGUUUUUUGACACAGGGUCUCUAGCUCAGUCUGGCCUUAAACAAGCAGCCAUCUUGCUGCCUUCAAUUGCUGGGACUACAAGGCAUGCACCACCGCCACACUGGGCUUUGUGGAGUCUCAGAGAAAGUUAGAUCCCAAGAAAUACUUUCUACUCAGGAAGUAGAGGGCAGAUAUUGGCCUGGGAGAACCUACCCCCCAAAGUACAGUGGUGAAAGUGUGCAGGAGCUUUGGUGACCACAAUGCAGCCCUUGUGCGCUCGCCCCACUCUGUGUUCAAACAGGGAUCACCCACAUGGCCAUAUCGCAUCACCUUCCCCACGGAAAACUGGAAGCCUAGCUUUUUGCAUGUGAGAGAUAAGCAUUUUUAAGCACUUGCCUUCCAUCAGCCCCUGCUGGCAAUGGGAUCAGGAUGGGGAGAGGCCUCUUGGCUUUAGUCUGAGCAAGCAGUACACCAGUGAUUUACAUGCCACUUCAUAACCCUGGAGCCCAAACAUCUCCCUCUCCCGAUUCACUCUUCUCACCCCAUCUAGAGACUAGAGGUCCCCCUGUCCUUUUUUGCCCUAGGACCCUCGAUAGUUUGAGAUGGUAGCAUCUGGGAAAGGGAGAACUUGCCCUUGCCUACCUGAGGGUGAGUGCUUGAGAGGUCAGGUGGGUGGGUGGAGACAGCCCUGGGGCAGGGAAAGAUGGUCUCUCCACUGUAGAAAGUAGAAUAGGAUCGUGGUCAGACUUAAUUUGAGGCAUCUAGUGACUCGUACAAAUCACCAAGGAAGAUUUUCAAAUGCAAAAUAAAGGUGGGAAAUAAAAUAGACCCAUGAAUAAUCAAGUCAAAGUGAUGUUGCACACAAUGCAGAGAAACCAAGAAGGGGGAGGGUUAAUGUAUUAAAUGUGCUAUUGAGAAGUUAAUUUUAUUAAAAGUAUUAUUACUUAA